GCUGGUUGAUUAUGUGCGGCUGACGGUCGGAAGUGACCCAUGUGUCUGACCUGCACCAAUACGCGAUCACCGGAUCGGCCCGUCAAACUCCCGUAGUACGUUUCUUGCAGUCUUCAUAGGUUAUUCACGACAUACCGGCGCGUGUCAUCCGAUCAUGUCUAAAGACACGGAGGCCAAGAGCCAGGAGAUUAUGGAGUCGAAGGUGCUGUGGUACCCGGACUCUAAACGAAACACACAAGCGGACCGAUUCCGGACUCAAGUGAACCGGGACUUCGGCUUGAAUCUGGCUAAUUAUAAUGACCUGUAUCAGUGGUCCGUGGACAGUUAUCCAGAGUUCUGGGCACAGGUUUGGAAAUUCUGUGGCAUCACCUGUUCAAAGAUGUAUGAGGAGGUGGUUGAUGUGUCUAAAAGGAUAUCCGAUGUACCUGAGUGGUUCAAAGGCAGCAGACUGAAUUAUGCAGAGAACCUGCUCAAACACAAAGACCAGGACAAAGUGGCUCUCUAUGCUGCAACUGAGGCGAAUGAGGAGAUCGUCAAGGUGACUUUCGGAGAGCUGAGGCGUGAUGUCUCUCUCUUUGCUGCCGCUAUGAGGAAGAUGGGCAUCAAAACUGGAGACAGGGUCGUAGGAUAUCUUCCCAAUGGGAUUCAUGCUGUUGAGGCUAUGCUUGCUGCUGCCAGUAUAGGUGCCAUCUGGAGUUCAACCUCUCCAGAUUUUGGUGUCAAUGGAGUUCUAGACCGGAUUUCUCAGAUCCAGCCUAAGUUGAUAUUCUCAGUAGCAGCUGUUGUGUAUAACGGCAAGCAGCACGACCAUAUGGAGAAACUCCAGAAUGUUGUUAAAGGUCUCCCUGACCUGAAGAAGGUUGUGGUCAUUCCAUACGUUCGCUCUCGACAAGAGACUGACCUCUCCAAGAUUCCCAACAGUGUGUUCCUGGAUGACUUUUUGGCCAUGGGUAAAGAAGGGGAUCAGGACCCUCAGUUGGAGUUUGAGCAGCUGCCCUUCUCUCAUCCUCUCUUCAUCAUGUACUCUUCUGGUACCACAGGAGCUCCCAAGUGCAUGGUGCAUUCUGCUGGGGGCACUCUCAUCCAGCAUCUUAAAGAACACAUUCUCCAUGGCAACAUGACCUACAGUGAUGUCAUCAUAUAUUAUACUACGACGGGCUGGAUGAUGUGGAACUGGCUGGUGUCCUCUCUAGCUGUUGGGGCUUCUGUGGUCCUGUACGAUGGCUCCCCUCUUCUUCCCAGUGCCAAUGUGCUCUGGGACCUUGUAGACCGUCUGGGAAUCACGAUUUUUGGGACUGGAGCGAAAUGGCUGUCUGUGUUGGAGGAGAGAAAUCUGAAACCUGCAAACACGCACAACCUGCAGACCCUCCACACACUCCUUUCUACAGGAUCUCCAUUGAAGCCUCCGAGCUAUGAGUAUGUGUACAGCUGUAUUAAGAACAAUGUGCUCCUGGGAUCCAUAUCAGGAGGCACAGACAUCAUUUCAUGCUUCAUGGGUCAGAACAUGACGGUGCCUGUUUACAGAGGGGAAAUUCAGGCCCGAAAUCUGGGCAUGGCUGUGGAGUCCUGGAACUGUGAAGGUAAGUCUGUUUGGGGCGAGAGUGGGGAGCUAGUGUGUUUGAAGCCCAUCCCGUGCCAGCCCACUCAUUUUUGGAACGACGAGAAUGGCAGCAAAUACCACAAAGCCUACUUUUCUACCUUCCCAGGAGUCUGGGCCCAUGGUGAUUACUGUAAGAUAAAUCCAAAAACGGGAGGAGUCGUCAUGCUGGGGAGAAGUGAUGGAACCUUGAAUCCUAAUGGUGUUCGGUUUGGGAGCUCAGAAAUUUAUAACAUUGUGGAAGCCUUUGAGGAAGUGUCCGACAGCCUUUGUGUCCCUCAGUACAACAGUGAUGGAGAGGAGAGGGUGAUUCUGUUCUUAAAGAUGGGACCCAAAAACACCUUCAGUCAAGAGCUAGUGGGGAAGAUCCGCGGUGCUAUCAGAGUAGCUCUAUCUGCCCGACACGUACCAGCCUUGAUACUGGAGACCAAAGACAUCCCGUACACUAUCAGCGGAAAGAAGGUCGAAGUUGCUGUAAAGCAGGUGAUCGCAGGUAAGGACGUCACUCAGCGAGGGGCCUUCUCAAACCCAGACUCCUUGGACCUCUUCAAGAACCUACCUGAACUCCAGAACUUCUGAGCGCCUGCAUGAGGUACAUCUGAACUCCUGAAAGUCCUGUGUUUCUGGGCCCCUUCGAAGGGUUCAGAUUCUCUGGCCACCUGUUGGAACUUUGCACCAUCUGGAGGAAUUUCUAGAGCUUUCAAACAUCAAAGUUCUUCGUUUUAUCUACCUGUUGUGGAAAACUCAGCUACUAAUUGGAACUGAUGGAGUCCGUACAUGUAACACUUCCUCAAAAGUGUAACUGGGUUCCUCUUGGGUAGAAAGUUGAGUGCCAUUUUAUGAGAUUCCAACUUGGAUCUCAAAGGGACAUUUUAUCUAUUCUGUUGUUGCGUCCACCAAGCAUUAUUUCCAAGAGACGUACCGAACUCGCAAGUGAUUUACAAAUCAGUUUUCUUAGUCUACCGUGUCAGUCCCAUAUUUUCCCUCUCAUAUUUUGAUACAAUGUCACUUUGACCUUAAUGAAGUUCUAGGAAAAUAUGGCCAUGUAUCUUUUGUAAGCGAAAAAUGACACCAUUUAUGCUCAUAAAUCUUCAUGAGUUAAAUACACUGAUAUGUUACUGAACAUCACAAAUUUAAGGUUAUUUUUCUUGUCAAAGAUGAGAGCCAUUUCUCUAGUAAUACUGACUGUCUGGGUCAAAUCAACUGUUUUCCGGAACUAAUAACUUUAUGAAGCAAAAUUUACUGAUACAGUUUCCUGAAUUACAAACUUGCUGUAAUAAAGUCAAUGCAACUUUUCCAAAUUUUCCCCCAAAGCCUGACUUCCUCUCUGGGAAAAAAGAAUAUAUUUAUAUUUUUUAAUAAUAUCCUAUGAGUAAAUAGUGAUUCAUCACAUCUGCUGUAUUUGUAGAGUAUAUUAUACUGUCCCGAACUACUCACUGUUGUCUACUGAGUGUAGAUUUACCUGAAGCUGAUGUAGCUCACUGGCCAAAAAGAUUUCCAUAUAUUUUUUACAUGUAUACUGUAUAUAUUUGAUUCCGUAAAUGCAGCUGCAUGUUGUGUGCUACACUAGAUGCCCCUUCGCAAUGACACUAUUUGAUCUCUUUCGGUACGCCUUAUAUCAGGUUGUGAAAAGUUUUCAUCAACUGAAGCUCAUCUUCAUUCUUUGAGCCCUUCUUUGGUAUAUAGCUUUGUCUGUGCCGUCCCCAAAUGUGCCGGCUUAGUCUAUUUCUUCAUGUGUCCCAUCCACACAUCCAGGGACUGUCGCUGUAGGCAUAUCCCAUGAGGCAUUCCUCCAUUACGUUUCAACCCAAUACAUUUAUCAUCAGAACACUGCGCACAUAUGAAAAAGCUGCAUUUGUUUGUUGUUUGAAGUUUUGAAAGUCAGCAAGACCGUUGCAAUGACAUGAAAUCCAGUUAACCGUGUAAUAUUAGAUUAUUUGAUUAUAUGUUUGCAUUAGGAGUAAAAAGAAGAAAUUCUGGGCAGUCGAAAUGUCUAGGAUAUAAUCUAAAACCACAAUGAAAAAUAGAAAAUAUCGAUUUAUGUUGGAUCAGAUUCGAGCUGGUUGACAUGUACUGAUGGUGCAUUUACACUUGCUUUGCAGCAUAUCACAGAAAUAUUUACCAACACGUUUCACAGAAGCAGGCUUCCAUCCAGAAAAUAUUUUUUUUAGUGACACUGAGAGAGGAUGUGCUGCAACUGCUCGCAACAAAUACCAGAAAAUGUGCUGCGUUUGAAUAAUUUAAAAAUAAUUUUGUGCUAAUAAUGUUAUUUCAGCAGUUGUUUACAACAGAGAAGCCUUGCAGGCUAGUAUUGAUGUACAUUUCAAGUUUUAAUGGGUCAUAUUUUUGGGGCAAGUUUUUGACCUCAGUGAGGACUCCUUACUUGGUUUCCUAAAAGAAACUACGCACUACAGAGUUAAAAAAAAAACGCUUUUUAUAUAUGAUAAAGCUUAGACAAAAUUCAAAACGGUGGACGGGCCCUUUAAGAGGCUCAUUUCUUUGAAAUUGAAAUCAUUCGGUAUAGAGGUGCAGAUGGCAAGCAGUUGUGCAGAUCGCUUGAAUUAAAUCGGUCCUUAUUUCCGCUUCAGACAAGCAGGGACGGAUCUGUUUCACCUCAUGCCAACCCUUGUGCCACCAUAUGCCCCAUAUCUGCUCAGUUUUGCUGACAGGACUUGCCUGGUCUGGGACUGUGCGCAUAAGGAAAGCUACCAAAUCCUUAUUUAUCGAUAGUCACUGUAAAUUUCGCUGUACAUUACCACUUUGUCCCCCAAAAUUGAUUUCAUUUUUCCAUACUCAGCAAUUUCAUAAACAUUCCACGGAGAUCUAUUCCAUUUUAUUACCAUGUUGUUGUUGUUGUUUUUUUCCUUUUUGAUACAUGGAAAUGGAAAUACUGGAAAUAUCAUUUUUGUUUAGGUCCUUAUUAUUGUAUUACAUUAAAUGUAUUUGGUGUAUUACUAGUAAAUGAAAGGUGCUCUCUUCUCGGUGGCUAAUGCAAUAUUCCUGCUUCGAAAUAAUAUAAUUGUACAUCGCUUAAUGUGAAUAAUGAUUACUAAUAUAGCUGAGAAUAUAUUUGUUAUGAAUAUAUUAUGCCUAUAUACUGUAUAUCAAUGGACCACUUCAGUUGUGUCCACUAGGAGCAUACAUGUAUUUCAUGUAUAUCAAUACUUAUUGUACUCCUAAUUAAAGAACUAAGAAAUAA